CCAGGAGUAGCCGUUCCCGCGGUCGCAGUCGAUCUCCCGCCGGCAGACGGCCCGCACGGCCAGGCAGUGGUGCCGCCACAGCCGCUCGUUGCCCUCGAUGACGCGGUGCCAGCCCUUGCACGCCGCGGACGCGUGGCACAGGCUCUCCACGUCCAGGCCGCCGAAAAUCCGGGAGCUCACCUCGGGAGGGAGGGCGGACACGAAGUCCCCCUGUCCUCCUCCUCCUCCUCCCGGUCCUGCUCCUGCAGCGCUGUCUCGGCCGCCGGCGCUCUCCGCGUCCAUCCCCGCGGCCCCGGGGCGGGGCGGCGUCACCGCGGCCGCUGUCGCGGUGUGUUGGGGCGGCCGUGGGCGGCAGCGCCCGGGGCUGGGCGUCCACUUGCCAUGUCCCUGCCGUCCGGGUGGGGAGGGUACUGGCUCGCCUGUUUGGGGGCGAAUCUCCGCGGUUUCGGGCCCGCGGAGCCGGCGCCUCGCCGCGUCACGGGGCGGCCGCGCGUCAUCAGGAGGCGGCGGCGGCGGCUCCUGCCGGGAUCGGGAUCGGACCCGUCCCCAUCCCCGUCCCGGCCCCGCGGAGCCGCGGGCCCGAGAAAAAACUCAAGAGGCUGAUGCAGAAGAAGCACCAACUGUUCAUGCUGUUGAGAUGUCCUGUAUUCCAUUGUUAAUGGAACCAUCACGUUCCAGCUCUGAGGUACAGGGAGCUGCAAAAAUGAGAAAUUAUGAUGCUGCCUCUAGACAUCUGGUUCCUCUUUCUGACGAUAAUGACAGUGAACAGUCAAAAUCUAUUCAAAGAAAGAGAGUGCUUCCAUCUUGGAUGCUGGAAGGAGAUCUCCUGGUGCAGAGGGUAUCUGAGCCCGUAAUGACAGCAGGUCACAGAAAGAAAAAAGGCCACAGAAGGGGAGAAAGUGUCAUGGAGUCAUUGAAAUCAGAAGUAAAUGUGCAACAGAAAAAAAGAUUAGCUUCUGGAGAAACUGUGGAGCACUUUGAAGGUGAAGAUCAAGGGAAAAGGAGCUGCUUUUCCAUCCCUAUUCCUUCAUCUCAGAAUACGUCUGGAUUUCCUCUUGAGAAUACCACGAGAGAUAUGGAAGGAAAUGGCAAGACUGGAACAAAAAACCCCGGAAGUUCUCUGGAAAAAAAUGAUAGGCAACUGCAUAGCAAAUGUUCUAGAAGAGUAGGUCAGACCUCCAGUAAAGACAAUAGAACUGAGAAAACAGAAAACAAAGAGCAGAGUACUGAUUCUACAAGCCAACAAGCUCACUGGGGCGGGACUUCCCAAUAUUGUGGUGCCCAGGAAGGGAUUCUUGAGCCUGAUGAAAGUAUGGAUUGCGAGACUGAGAUUUCUGAUUCAACCAGAAGUGCAGAUGCUUCAGAAAGCUCCAAAAAGAUCCAGCAUAAGAGGACACCUUGCAUGUAUGGAAGUGCCUGUUACAGGAAGAAUCCCAUUCACUUCCAGCAGUUCAGUCACCCUAAUGAUGACGACUAUCAUGACAUGGAGAUGAUAUCUCAGGAUAACAAUGACAACCGGCCCGAGUGUCCGUAUGGAACAGCUUGUUAUAGGAAGAACCCACAGCACAAGCUGGAAUACAAGCACACUGCGCCUCCAGGAACUGAAAGAAGAACCCGACAACGAACUUCAAAAAACGGAAAAAGGGCUGUGGAGAAAGACAGUGCCAAUGAUGGUGAAGCCAAUGAGUAUGACCUCAAUGACAGCUUUAUAGAUGAUGAGGAAGAGGAGUGCGAACCUACUGAUGAGGACUCAGACUGGGAACCAAGUUCAGAAGAAAAGGACAAUGAGGAUGUUGAAACACUUGUGCAAGAAGCAGGGCUGGUCUGCUUUUCCCAGAAUGUACAGAAAUGAUGUGGACAAAUUAGAUGCAAUAGGAGAAUGUGGCAUGGCUUCAGCUGUGUGGGAAGGGGCAGCCCUCAGUUCCAGGAUUGCAAGUCCUUGAGGAAUAAAAUGUAAG